UCGAAAAAAUGAAGUUUUGAAUGGGUUUCAAUGGCUCCAAGCCCAGGUUGUCCACCAGCAGCGGUAGAUCACCACCAGGGGGCAGCACUAUGACGUCAGCAGCAACCCAAGAAUUGGGGGUCGGCGCUGCAACCAGGAACAUGACAACUUCGUUGGCAACACGGAUUACAAGCAUGAUACACAAAACACUCCUGGAUUUUAUCAAACCAAGUCAUAAUUUCAAUUCAUUUUAACUGGAAAUCCAUUCAUUUUACCGACUAUUUCUUCAAUUCCAACGGGAAAUCCUGGAGGCGCUCUCAACAUUGCCAAAACAGAGUGAUGAGGAUAACUCUGCGCAGCUCCUGCCUGGCGGCGUUGCUUCUGGCCACCUUCUGCCUCCUCAUCCUCCUCAGCAAGGACAACGUGGGCGAGGUCCACAGCGGCCCCAGCCUCCUGGCCCAGGGCCGUCUCCUCAAGCAGGAAUGGCUCCAGGCCCUGCGCAAUGAUGACGCCAGCAAGGUCAAUAACGAGGACCGCAACAACAACAACAACAAUGUUGACCACCUCAAUCUCGACCCCUGGGGGGUCUCGACCCCACCCCCGCUCCCCGACGAACCGAUCCCCACGUGCGAGCGCAACGGCUCCAUGGCCAACGUGACGGGCUUCGCCGCCCUGCCGGCCAACAUCCAGGACUUCCUCUUCUACCGGCACUGUCGCCACUUCCGCCUCCUGCUGGACGUGCCGGGGAAGUGCGGCGGAAGUGCGCGCGCCUCUGCCGACGUGUUCCUGCUGCUGGUGAUCAAGAGCUCGCCAGGCAACUACGAGAGGCGCGAGGUGCUGCGCAAGACGUGGGCGCGCGAGCGGCUGCAGGCGGGCAAGUGGGUGCGGCGCGUCUUCCUGGUGGGCACGGCGGGCAAGGACUACGACCUGCAGCGCAACAACAAGAUGCUGCGGCUGGAGCAGGCCGAGUACGGCGACAUCCUGCAGUGGGACUUCCACGACUCCUUCUUCAACCUGACGCUCAAGCAGCUGCUCUUCCUGCAGUGGAUGGACCGCAGCUGCCCGCGCGCCCGCUUCCUGCUCAACGGCGACGACGACAUCUUCGCCAACACGGACAACAUGGUGGAGUACCUGAGCGGCCUGCCGGACGGCAACGUGGGCGACAAGCACCUGUACGUGGGACACCUGAUCCAGUGGGUGGGGCCUAUCCGGCAGACGUGGAGCAAGUACUACGUACCUGUGCAGGUGUUUGCGCCCGAGAAGUACCCGGCGUACUGCGGGGGCGGGGGGUUUCUGCUGUCGGGCUACACGGCGCGGGUCAUACACGAGAUGUCCCACUCCAUCGUGCUGCUGCCCAUCGACGACGUGUACCUGGGCAUGUGCCUGGAGAAGGCGAAGCUGAAGCCCGUGUCUCAUUUCGGGGUGCGGACGGCUGGCAUGGGGGUCCCCUCCACAAAGGUGGACUCCUACCACCCCUGCUACUACCGCGAGAUACUGCUGGUCCAUCGCUUCCUACCACACCAGAUCUACCUGAUGUGGCACAGGAUUCACGAACCCCAUUUGAAAUGCGAUGGCUCGGAAGUCUCCAAAGUGCAAUAGUAAUGGUGAUCAGUCACCAUUGUGAUUUUCAAUUAAUUUAUUUCUACUU